AUGUUGUUGCUUAUGCAAGUCGACUUGCUUAGCCUUGACGUUUCAUCGCCCAAACCGGCCCCACGCUUCUUUGCACUCAUUAUAGGAAUCAACACUUACAAAGCUGACUCUAUCUCCAACCUGCUUGGUGCAGUUCCUGAUGCCGAUGCUGUUCGAGAUUUGCUGGAGCAGCUGGAAGCUCCAAGAUCCCAGAUUAAGGAUCUUCGUGACAAAAGGGCUACGCGACAUAGGAUUCUCCGCGAAAUCAGUGCGUUCUCGAAUGACGACCGAAUUCAGAGAGGAGAUCCCAUUUUGAUAUACUUUGCUGGACAUGGUUCGAGUACGAAGGCACCAGACGCUUGGGCAGUCGGAGGGGCUGAAAUCCAGCUUCUGAUUCCGUAUGAUGGUCAAUCGACUGAUGCGAAUGGUCGCGAAAUCCACAGCAUCCCAGAUCGUACAUUGGGUGCUCUACUGACGCAAAUAGCAGAUAAGAAGGGUAAUAAUAUCUCAGUCAUUUUUAAUUGCUGCCACUCUGGUUCUGGCACGCGUAUUGAUCGUGUCGACCUUGACUGCAUGGAAAGAGGCAUUGAAGUAAAGACGAGUCUUCCGGCCGACCUUGACAAACAAAUUUGGAACCAUCCAUCCAAAUCAUCUAAAGAGCGUGCAAUAGCAAUACCCGCCGGUUUCGCUCACGGCGGUCUUCAAUCCCACGUACUUCUUGCUGCAUGUGGCACGGACGAGCGUGCUAGAGAGGAAAGAGAAAGGGGGCUCUUCACGAAGGCAUUGAUAGAGGCCCUUAUGAGCUAUGGGACGGAUAAACUCACAUAUGCUGAUGUUAUCCGGCGAAUGUCGCGUUUGCCGAGACAGAAUCCACAAUGUGAGGGCGUGAACCAGAAACGAGUCCUCUUCAAUGCGAGGUGCACAGCCCGGCGACGUAUGCUCUACGAAAUACGUAAAAACGGUGACAAAUAUGUGAUGAAUGUGGGAGCAGCUCAUGGUAUCACUGUCAAUACCCGUUUCGCAGUUUAUCUGGACAAGGAUUCAUCCCUGAAAAGGAAUCCACUCGGCACCGUCAUUGCUCGCCGUACGAAAUCUUUCAAGACAGAAUUGGAAGCAUUCCCUAAGAGAUUUAAUUUCACGCUCGAGGGAGAGGGAUUUGCACUUCAGACUCGUGCAGGAGACGAGGAAGAUCUGAAGGUUCAUGUUGCACUGGAUGAAAAGCUUACUUUCAUCUUUCAAGCACUCGCUAAGGAGAUGCAAAGGACCGAUCCCGCGCGCAGAACCAUCAUUCCGGUCGAAAAAAAGGAAGCCGCUAAGCUUGACAUCGCGCUUGAGGACGGAAAUGUCGCCUUUUAUAUCCUCCAUUCUGCAACUUUACGGUGUGGGCUGACACGUAUGCCUCACACUGUCGAGCCAUCCGUCAACGCUGUACAAUCUGUCUUAUAUGCUGCCGCCAACUUCUACUGGCACCUCGACCGCAAGAAUACGAGUGGUAGUCUGCAAAACUUUGUCAACAUCGAGUUUAAGCGGCUUAAAAAGUCACAAAAAGUCGAUCGUUAUGGUUAUGAUGUCCUCCUCGCAGACGGUCCAAAUCUGAUUCGUUCCGACGUGAUGGAUUUGAAAAAUGUGAUGGAUUUGCAAGUCGAUGACACCGCACAAUACGGUCUCAAGAUCACCAAUAACUCGGCAAUUCCGCUGUACCUAGAUGCUCAAUACAUUAUUCCAGACUCGUGGUAUGAGCCCCCGGCUGCCAAUGGCAUUGUAGACCCACCUCUUAAAGGCAACAGCUUCUUCACCAUAGGCUACGGUAAUUCAGGGACGAAUCCGCGCGAUUUCUACCUUCGAGAGGGACAGAAGCUUGAUGUCGGGUUCUUCAAGCUGUUCCUCUCGACAGAAUAUGUUGAUUUAUCGCAUAUUCCUCAGCCGUCGCCCUUCGAUAGGGACCGCGCUUCGAAGCGAACCGCCCGUAAGCCUCAAGAAGCCUGGGACACCAUUCUAUUACCAGUAAUCCAGCGAGGCGCAUUCUAA